AUGCAGGUAGCUCCUACACGAAACUUCACCCAAUUCAUUCCCAUAGAAUUUGCAAACAAUAAACAAGUGGUUUUGGAAUGUGUUUCUAGAAAAGGAAAUUUCCUCAGGUUUGCAUCUGAUAAUCUAAAAUCUGAUCCUCACGUAGUUUUGGAGGCAUUGGCACAAAACGAAACUGCUUUCGAAUGGGCUAACCCAGAGUUUAAGAAGGAUACGGAGUUUAUUUUACGAGCAGUGAAGAGAAAUGGCGAAGUUUUUCAUCACAUUGAUGAAGAACUUAAAAGAAAUGAAGCAUUUGUAUUGGAUUGUGUUAAAGAAAAUGGUUGGAUUCUGACGCAUGUUUCACAAGAAUUGAAAAACAAUAGAGAUUUCAUUAAGAGAGCUGUCAAAUAUUAUGGAAGAGCUGUUACAUUUACAAAUGAAGAGCUGAGAAAUGACAAGUCAAUCGUGUUGGAUGCAGUUCGGCAAGAUGGUUAUGUUCUCAGAUAUUUAUCAAAUUUAAUGCAAAAUGACAGGGAGGUAGUUUUGGAAUCUGUCAAACAAAAUGGAAUAGCACUCCAAUUUGCAUCAUUCAAAUUGAGAAAUGACAAGGAGGUUGUUUCUGAGGCUGUGAAACAAAAACCCUCAUCUCUUGAAUAUGCAUCAUUUGAUCUAAGACACGAUCGUGAAUUGAUUGAUUUAGCUUUAGCAAUACAACCAAUAGUUAUAUGGGAUCAACCAAAAACGACAAUUCUUCAUUCCCAAAUAUUCAUCACCUUCAAUAAUUUCAAUACUUUGGCAAGUGACAAUCAAUUCAGAGUAUCAUUUUUUGACGAGAUGAACGAGAAUGAUAUUGAACUUAUGGAACUAAUGAUGGAUAUCUCUCUAUCUUCAGUCACUGAUGAACAAAAGGAUGAUCGAUUCACAAUUCUACAAGCUGUCAAAAAGGAAGGACAUUACUUAAUGUUUGCUUCUGACAGAUUGAAGAAUGACAAAGAGAUUGUACUAGAGGCAGUUAAACAAAAUCCAUGGGCAUUUAAAUAUGCAUCUGUAGCCCUUCAGCAAGACAAUGAAAUUAUUUUGGAAGCUCUCAAAAAGAAUGGCAGUAUGGUAAAAUUCUGUUCCUUUAAAGUGAGGAAUGAUAAGGAAUUGGUAAUGGUGGCUGUAAAACAGAAUGGCUCUUCUCUCAAGUAUGCAUCAGAUAGGUUGAAAGUUGAUAAGAAAAUAGUAUUGGAAGCUCUGAAACAAACUGACAAGGCACUAGAAUUUGCAAAUAUUCAAGACUUGCUGAAGAAUGACUUUGAAUUCAAGAUGGAAUUGGUACGGGAAGUUGGAUAUUCAGAAGUCUAUUCAGAUGAUUUCUUCCUGAUAAGAAUGAAUUAUUUAGGGGUUUAUGCUGAUAGAAUUUCUAAACUUUAA